CGAAAUAAUUCAAAAUAUUAAAAAAAUCAUAACGAAAAAUGUCACAAAUAAGCAUAUUAACAGAGUUUAUUGAGAUUUACAUCACUCAAAUACUAUAUCUGAGGUCCAUCUAUCCACGACAAAUCUUUAGGAAGCAUAAAGCAUAUGGAUUACCUGUGUAUUGCUCAAUAUAUCCACCAUUAAAUGAGUAUUUAAAGGAAUCAAUAAAAGCAAUCGAGGAACUUAUCAACAAAGGUGAUUUAGAGACGGUGGAAGUCCUUAUAUAUAAUGAAAAUCACAAAGAAUCCUUUAUGAUCGACAAGCUGAAAGACUUUAAAAUAUCAGACAGUGAUAAAUACUUGAUGUCAAUCCACGAAGACUUUAGAAAGUCGAUUUAUGAACUGGAGACGAAAUGUAAAGCUUUAAGGAAAUUUUCACGAUCAUAUAAGUUCAAAAUAUUGUUGCAUACAAAGGAAAAAGCCUAUCGUCAUCUCAGCAAUGAGUCAAAGUAUCAAGAUUUCUUGUGGAUAAAAGACAGCAUAGAGCAUGAAGCAGAAGCGGAGAUUUUGCCAAUAACAUCAUCCUUGAACUUUAUGUCGAUUUAUGUUAAACAAUUUUAAGAUUAAAUAGUACAUUUUAAUUCAAUUUCUU